AUGAAGGGGAUCCUCACACUGGCUUGGUUCCUGGCUUGCAGUGUGCCCGCUGUGUCAGGCGGCCUGCUAGAACUGAAGUCCAUGAUUGAGAAGGUGACGGGGAAGAACGCCCUGAUGAACUAUGGCUUCUACGGCUGUUACUGUGGCUGGGGCGGUCGAGGGACCCCCAAGGAUGUUACUGAUUGGUGCUGUUGGAUACAUGACCACUGCUAUGGGCUGCUGGAGGAGAAAGGCUGCCACAUCCGGACACAGUCCUACCAAUACAGUGUCUCACGGGGCCUGGUCACCUGUGAGCGGGGGUCCCCCUGCCAGAUGAAGCUCUGCUCCUGCGACCGGAAGCUCGCCUACUGCCUGAGGAGAAACCUGAAGAGCUACAACCCUGGCUACCAAUACUUCCCCAACUUCCUCUGCACCUAGCGGCCCGCGGA